GCCAAACGCAAAAUGUUCCGAACUGGUUCGUGUGCAAGGUUGUUCCUGUUCAAAUGUUAUCGACAAUAUCGUUCCACACCCUUCACAAGAAAAUUAAAUGAACCACCUUCAGCAUCUGUGAAUUGGGCGUUGUUUCUCCUUUCUUUUGUUCUAUGCAUUUGUUAAUCCAUAUAAAUACUCUUAAAAACUGACACCUAACUUAAUUCCCUGGACGUUGUCAGAAAAUUAAGAGCCCUCGCGGAAUAAACCCACGGUUCUCAGAAUGCAUUCGGAAGCUGCUGUAGUAAUCACAACAUUCGUGAUUAUUGCAGCACUUUUAAUUGCCCAAACAUCAUCUCUUCCAACCACGAAAAAAGCAUUGGACAUCAGAUCACCAUCGACUACCACGACGGGUACGAAUGACGUCACAAGUGUCAUCUCCAGCAACAAAGCAGCCAUUCCCCCGACAUCGAAUUCCAUUGACAACAAAGGCUACAUUCGAGUCAAUCUCGACGACGGCAAUCUUCAAGAAUUGUCUGCUUUUGCUACGGGGGAGAUUCGAUUACGUCAGAAAUCCGCAGAUCUCUCGUUGAAGGGCGUCUCGUUCGCUUUGAAACAAAUUUCUACAUCACUCGCAGAGAGCAACUACAAGAUGACGUUGGUGCUGGCUAACAAGGACGAGAAACGAUCCCAAUUUUUAAUUUGCAACGUCGACAUCGUUCACGAUGCAUCCGCAAAUCAGAGGCGAGUGAAAACAGAUUGCCUAAGGGCUAACAUUGUGACCGGCAUUCAGUCGAUACGUCCCGACGGCAUUUUCCAGGAGGAUGCCGAUCUUGCGGCAGCUGUUUUCGCCGCAAACGAACUCAAUCGCCAGAGCAACAAUUCAUCUCCGCUGACUCUCGUGCAUUACGUGGCUUCCGGCUCGCACGAAAUGAUAUCCGGCACUGAAUACAAAUUGCACAUGCAGGUGCAGACGAGCCCGAAAGAUGACAAGGUUUUGCUUUGCGAAACGAGCGUUUUACCGAGAAGCCCCAAGAUGCUGCACGGAACUGAGUGUGGCACUCUAGCGGGAAAAGACGAUAGCGGAUCUUACAGCGCAGCUGACGUCAAGGAUGCGGAUGUGAUAGAGACGGCUGAAUUUGCUGCCAAUGCCCUGAUGGAGCGGCAAGUUGCAGAAGCACCUGAUGAAUUGAUUCCAGUGAAAGUUGCGAGAGUUUGGAAGAAACCUGUUCGCGGAAUUCAACGACGACUUCGUAUGACAUUGAGCGACGAUGCCGAAGGUGGCCAGCCGUCUUCGUACUGCCUCGCAGUCGUCUUUGAAGACAGGCUGUCUGGCGAAUAUGAACUGGUUACCGGAGCUGGAAACACUGUCUGUUCGCCUACGCCACCUACCGUUUAAAUUGAUAAGAUUUUAUACUCAAAACACUGGCCGUUUUUAAAUAAAUACGUGUACCUUCUUCGAGAA